AUGUCCCCUGUUGCUGUACCAAAGGCUGACUGUCUAGUCACGCCCUUGCUCUAUACCCGCGCGCUCAUCGUGUCGUUCUUCAAUCCCUUUCGGCGCGCGGUGGCAGAGACGGAUCAGGGGCAGAUCCAAAUCAGCGUAAAAUGGGGUAGAGAAAGAUUCAACAUCCCAAUCCCUAAACCCUCCGCCACGCCCCUCUCGCAACUCCUCACCACACUCUCCACCCAAACAUCUCUACCCCUGGACCAGCUGAAACUCGUCUACAAAGGCGCGGUCCUCAAAGACCCUCUCCUCACCCUCUCUUCCUACGGAAUCAAGGACGGCUCCACCCUCGUCCUCGUUGGCGCAUCCGGUCCUACCCCAUCUUCAGGCCCCUCCUCUUCCUCCUCCUCCGCUCCCGGCUCCGGCUCCGGCUCACAAGCUCCCGUCGUACCCAAAAAGAAUAAACAACCCGAGACGACCUCCGAGUCCGUCCUGGUCUCGUGGAUCCAGAACCUCGUGAAGAACCUCCUCGACCCCCUCCGGCCCUCGGUGGCGACAUUCAACAGCCAGGCCGAUCCGCGCUCGACCAACAAGCCGGCGCAUAUCCCCAAGUUUGACGUGCUGCAGAAGGAACAUGCGAGGCUGUCGGAGAUGCUCUUAAGGGGGUUGUUGGACCUGGAUGGGGUGGAGAUUCCGUCAGGGUGGAACGAGGCGAGGAAGGAGAGGAAGGAAGGAGUCAGGGUUGUGCAGCAGAUGUUGACCAAGUUGGAUGAGGUAUGGGGGGAGAGGAAGAAGCUGGGCGCGUAG